AUGGAAUCUAGUAAUUUUUUAAAUGUAAAAACGCACGUGUCUGAACUAAGAAAUGCCGACAAGGACUCAGUAAGUGAGGCUUCUGAAAGUGGAACAAGUAAUUCCGUGACGUCAGCCGAAGACCUACAGAAUGUCGCUUUGAUAUUGGGGCUGGCGAAUGCUGAGGAUGUUCAUCAAGAGCGAUUUCGAGUCGACAGACGGCGUUUGGAGGGUAUGCUUGCUGAUAAUCUGGAUGUGUCUCAAACUGCGCAGGCGUUCUUUCAAAAGGUUAUGGAUGAGACCCGUACUGUGAUCAACUGGCCUGCUCGCCUUAAAAUUGGAGCUAGAUCAAAAAAAGACCCGCACGUGAGAAUAUCUGGUCUGUCUGAAGAUGUGAAGCUGGCAAGAGAGAAAAUAAUGCAGUUACUAGACACUAGAAGUAACCGUGUUACAAUGAAAAUCGAUGUCAGCUACACAGACCAUUCGCAUAUCAUCGGAAAGGGCGGUCUCACAAUAAAGCGUGUAAUGGAGGAGACAGGGUGCCACAUCCAUUUUCCGGAUUCGAACAGGACCAGCGCAGUGGAGAAGAGCAACCAGGUGUCCAUCGCUGGUGACAUGGAGAGGGUUGAGCGAGCACGCGCCAGGGUUCGGGCUCUAACCCCACUGAUCUUCACAUUCGAGCUGCCAGUUGUAGCGGCUUCGAACCCACUUCCAGAGAUCACCUCGCCCUACGUCCAGCAGAUACAGGACAAAUUUAAUGUUCAAGUGAUGAUUCGCAACCGUCCCAAAUUACACGCGAAUCUCGUCGUGGUUAAGGGAGUCCAAUGGGAAGUGCAGGCCACCAUGGAGGCUACCACUCUGCUGCUCAAUUACAUGUGUGGACAACAUGCAAAACAAACCCAUGUCCAAAUGACGUUGGAGAUAUCACCAAUGCACCACCCGGUGGUGGUGGGCCGGUCGUCUGAACAGUUGAAAGUGAUCAUGCGUACAACAGGCGCACAAAUAAUGUUUCCCGACGCUGAAGAUCCGAAUAUACCCGCAUUGCGCAAGAGUUGUGUCACCAUCACUGGGGCUAUACAAAAUGUGUACGCCGCUAGACAGCAGUUGGUGGGAAGCCUCCCCCUGGUGGUGAUAUUCGAUGUCCCAGACGAUAUGUCGCAACGAUUCGAAAACGAUAACGUCACGGAUCUGAUGAAUAAGUUCAACGUCUACAUCAGUGUGCGUAGGAAGCUCAAGCAAGGGAUUGCUUCUAUCGUCAUCAAGGGAAUUGAGAGAUGUGCUGCCGACAUCUACGAAGCCCGUCGCGAGCUCCUGGGCAAGCGCGAGGCGUCUCUGAACGCCGAAAUCCCGGAGAGCUACAACAUCCCGAGUCUGACGAACGUGAUGCCCAACUUCCCGCCCUUCAACCCGUUCUCGCCGUCGCACUCUAGCGUCGCUACCAAUUCGCCUUGUUCGCAGUUUAUGAGGUUGAGGAACGGCGACACUAUAGUCUUGAGAGCACUGAUUGAUCCGUGCUCGCAAUCAAACUUUGUUACUGAAGCGGCAGCUCAACUGCUUAAUCUCGAGCGCACUUCAAUCAGCGGAAAAAUUACUGGCAUAUCAUCUAUACCGCUAACAACCAAGUCACAAGUUACGUUGAACUUUCAUGCUAUUAGAAAUCCAUCACACAUGAUCACAUCUAAGGCGUACGUCCUUAGACGAAUAAAUUCGAGAUUACCAUCACAAGAACUCCCAUCAGAUACCUGGCCUUCUUCUGAGAUUUCGGAUCUUGCGGAUCCACACUCUCACAAGCCAGGAUCUAUCGACGUGCUAUUAGGUGCAGUUGUAUAUGCGCAUAUUAUUCUUGACGGAAUAAUAAAACGCAAUGAGUCUCUGGUCGCUUUGAACUCAAGAUUGGGAUGGCUAGUAAGCGGCGAAGUUACGCAAUCUGGCCAUCAGUCACACAAUGUAGUUGUUAUGCACACACAAUUCGAAGUUGAUCAGUUGCUACGUCAGUUUUGGGAGAUCAAUGAAUAUUCACCAAACGUGAAGCCUCUGUCAAAACCUGAAAUGCAGUGUGAAGAGCAUUUUAAGAAAACUCACACUCGAAACACUGACGGUCGAUAUGAGGAUCUGUCAUCCUACGGCAGUCCGAUGUACGGGCAGCACCCACCCACGCCCGGCGGGUUCCCGGCACCCAUGUCUCCAGCCAUCCAGGUGUACGGCAACUGGCUCAUCCCGUCCCCGCAGCCCAGUACCAGCCAGUUCCAUUACCCCAUGCCGAGCCCCUCUGCGCCUUAUCCGGGACCUUGGAACUCGAUAUCCGGAAACGGCGAGAGCAACGUUUCCAGUACCAGCAUGAUGCAGCAGUAUCCUGGGAGCUCCCACCCACCCAACUGUGAGAGCCGACCGAUAUCUCUAACUCAGCUGUUGAACAGCAGUUCCGCCUGCAGCAGCGGAUACCAGAGCAACUUCACCGGCAGCUCCGUCUCCAUAGAUGCGCAGAAUAUCUCCGCCGGGGCUGAGAACAGCGUGGUGUCUCCUUCGGUGUCUCCCAUCAGCAAAUCUGCUGUCAGCCCGGCCCAGUCUUCAGAAAAUGAUCGCUCACAGCAACAAGAGCUAGCGAACCUCAUACUGGAGCUGAAGAACAGCGACCGUCGUGCUCCAGGAUGCGAGAAGAAGACUUUGGAGACCAUAAAACAGCUUUCACCGCUCUCCGAGUACCGGCAACUGCAGCAGGAGGCUAAUAAGGCAAUGCGCGAAAAUGUUGGCAGCGGGUAUCGCGUACCCACGACGAGAUGGUCCGGGCAUUAUUUCAGCAACACUAUGCCCGCUUCGAACGGAGCCGAACCAGAGAGCUCUCAUAGCACUCCCGACAAACAGCGCAACAUUUUAGAUCUAUCGCGACUGAAAAUAGCUGACAAUUGCGCGACCCCACCCAAGACCAAGCCGUGCCGAUACCAGCAGCUCUACGACAUGCUGCAAGACAUUGGCCUGCAGAAGUAUAUCGAUUUGUUUAAAACCCACGAGUUGGAUAUGUCCACAUUUGCUUCACUGAACGACGCGGAUUUGAUUGAGAUCGGAGUGACUGCCUUCGGCGCUCGCAGGAAGAUGCUGCUAACCAUUGCAAAGCUGCAAAAACAAGCGAGUUCAUCAGGUAGCGUAACUCCCAAUCGCAACUUAAUCAAUUCCCCUCCUCAGUACAAUACAAACGCUAUUUCCAAGGACAAUUGGUAG